CCAGCCACGCGCCGAAAGAGAAACUGGUGUCUUUUUCCAGAACGACCUUAUCAUGGAUUGCUGCCAUUGUCAUGACAACCCCAUCAGACUUCGACUCUACCCGAGCUGCGAGAGCACACUGAGCGGAAUGAUAUGGGCACCCGCCAUCAAUCUCUCACCACGUCAACAAAUCUGAACGGCACGGCCUCGAAGGCCUGAGCGAAUGCCCCAGCAGGUCGGCUGCGUGUUAUGACUUAUUCGCUUGGUCUUACCACCCGGCAACGCAUGUUCCACAGUCUCGUGAUUGUCGGGUCCUGUGAAUCAAAUGUUACAGUGCACCUCGAUAAUGAGCACAGCGAGGAACAUCGCCGAGGGUCAACCCUGAUUCUUGGCACGCUAUACGAAUGAGCCGGCGAUUAUGGUGCAUUCUAGGUAUAACGCUUACGCCUUCACAAGUAUUUGGCAGGCCGGACAUGGAAAGCAGUGGAUUGGGUAUGCAUCGAGCUGUGAAGGAUCUCACGGAGUCAUCACGACGAUCCGGCUCAUCAAUCUCCUAAGCCAGGAUGCGUUCUUCUGUCAUGACAGUCUGGCCCUCAUGAUAUCGAUCAAAGACAUUCAUGUCGCCAGCGGACCCACAAAACGUGGUAUCGAGGUCGGACAUCCGACACGCGACGGACGAAUCGUGGCAUGCAACCUGGGCGCCGUUUGGUUCCAGAGAGCAGCCAGGGAGAUAACCAAGAUCGAGGCCGCUUUCCAACGUGCUGCAGACUUUAGCAACGAAUCUACGGUGCUUACUGGAGACGAGGAUCGAGUCGAAGAUAAACACUACGGUCAACGAGUCGAGCGUGCGUUCAGUGCUCAAGGACCUCACUUACUUGACAGGCAACAUUCGCAGAUCGAGCAUAUUAUACCCGCCGUGAGGAAUUUAACAUCUCAAGCUCAACAAGCGCUGGGGGCACUGAUCUCGAACUGA